AUGGGAGUGUCAUCACUUCUCGUUUGCGUCAAUAGCAGGAUCAAAGCCUCGUUGAUCUCAUCCCUGCGAUCCCCCUCGGGUGAUGUUAUCUCGGACCUUCCUGGCAUGUCCUCGCUGUGCACCUCCUUCUUCCAACAACUUUACAGUGGAUCUCAACAUGUCACCCCGGACCCUUCCUUCUGGUCUCAUGUUCCCCCUUCUCAAGUGUCUCAAGACGUGUCCUCCCGUCUCUCCCUCCCUUUCUCCCUUGCUGAAGUCUCUAGGGCAAUCUCUUCGCUUCCUAAAGGCAAGACCCCCGGGCCGGAUGGCCUUUCUGGUGAGCUUUUCCGCACUUUCCGCACCCACUUCACACCUGUUCUUCACUCCUUGUUCAUCGGGUCCCAAGAUAGCCUUCCCCCUUCCAUGCUACAGGGCCGAACAGUGCUGAUCCCCAAAAAAACCGAUGCCACCGUAGUCGACAACCUACGACCUAUCACACUCAUGAACACUGACUAUAAAGUACUGGCGAUCUGCUUAGCAAACCGACUGCAGCCUCUACUCCCCUCCCUCAUCAAUCAUUCCCAGACUGCCUUCAUCAAAUCUAGAAAAAUCGGCGACACUCUCAAUGACACCUUAGACAUCUUCGACUGGGCCACCGCUCAAGCGCUGCCUCUACUCGCACUCACGGUAGACAUUCGCAAAGCUUACGGUAUGGUGGACAGAGAGUUCUUGUUCAAGUGUCUUGCUCACAUUGGUCUCCCUUCUUCCUUCAUCAAGUGGGUCAAAAUCAUGCACUCUGGGACUAUCACCUGCAUCUCAGUAAAUAAUCUCUGCGGUCCCCCUAUCCCUGUCCAGACCGGCGUUAGGCAGAGCUGCCCGCUGGCUCCGCUUCUCUUCCUGUGCGUCAUCGAGGCACUGGAUGACGCCGUCGGCAAUUUCUUGUCUGCGUCCAAAUUCAAGUCGGCCGGCCGCACCACCAGACUCCUCACCCAUGCUGUCAUCUAUAACAAGGUGGAGCAUGGAGGAUUAGGUGCUAUUCGCCCCUCUAUGCAGAUCAAAGCUCUGAACAUUCAACGUGCUCUUCGUCGCUUCUCCCCUCACCCAGGCGCGGCAGUAGCCAGGACCUGUGGCUCGGCAGCUCUUUCUGCCCUGGGGCUGGACUAG